AUGGCAAGACAUGCUAAAAAGCCAGGGAGGGAGAAGACGGUGACCAUCCUGGAGCUUUUCCGCUCGCCACUCUACCGCCAGCCCUUCCUGAUCGCUUUCGUCCUGCAGCUGUCCGGCAUCAACACUGUCUUCGACUACUCCACUCGUAUCUUUGAGAAAGCCGGAGUUGAGCAGCCUUUCUAUGCCACUAUUGGAGCCGGUGUCGUGAACACAGCUUUCACUGUGCUAUCGCUGUUUGUUGUCCAGCGUGCAGGACGCCGGGCUCUGCACCUGCUGGCUGCUGGAUCUGCCAUCUUGAUGACUAUAUAGCUUUGGCUUUCUGAGCUGAUGCCUUGGAUGUUGUAUUUGAGCAUCGUGGCCAUCUUCUCCUUCGUAUCAUUCUUUGAGAUGGGACCGUGUUCCAUCCCCUGGUUCAUCAUAGCAGAGUUGUUCUCACAGGGAGCCCGGCGCUCUGCCUUUGCUCUGGCUGGUUUCUCCAGCUGGACUGCUAACUUCAUAGUAGGAAUGGGCUUCCAGUGUGUAGAGGAGCUGUGCGGCCCCUACGUGUUCAUCAUCUUUGCUGUCCUGCUGCUCCUGUUCUUCGUCUUCACCUUCUUCAAAGUGUCGGAGACCAAUGGUCCGACGUUUGACGAGAUCUAA